AGAAGAAGAAGAAAAAAAAAAAAAAAAAACAUGGCUGAACUGCAUGUUGUGGAGCAGAGCGGCACCGGCACCGUGGAGCAGCCGCCCGAGCACCGCGAUGUCCGGGGCUCCGUGCGCCUGGCGUCGCCCACCCUGGUGGUGGUUCCUCCGCGGGGCGGCCAGCUCAGUCCCGGCGGGGGGUCGAGCAGCGGCGGCGGUGGCGGUGGUGGCGGGCGCACCGUGUUCGGGUUCCCGGCGAAGAGCAGCCCGAGCUCCCCGAGCUCCCCGUCUGAACCGGGGGACAAGCCGGGCUCGCGCUGGGUUCGUCUGAACGUCGGCGGGACCUACUUCAUCACGACCAAACAGACGCUGUGUCGGGACCCCAAGUCGUUCCUGUUCCGACUGUGUCAAGAAGACCCGGACCUGGACUCCGACAAAGACGAGACAGGAGCCUACCUGAUCGACAGGGACCCCACGUACUUCGGCCCCAUCCUCAAUUACCUUCGGCACGGAAAACUGAUCAUGGACAAAAACCUGGCUGAGGACGGUGUUCUUGAGGAAGCCGAGUUCUACAACAUCGCGUCUCUGGUGAGGCUGGUUAAAGAGAGGAUACGGGACAACGAGAACCGGACAUCCCAGGGUCCUGUGAAGCAUGUGUAUCGAGCUACAGUGCAAGAGGAGGAACUCACACAGAUGGUCUCAACCAUGUCGGACGGUUGGAAGUUUCCUCAGCUUAUAAGCAUCGGCUCCUCUUAUAACUACGGCAACGAGGACCAGGCCGAGUUUCUAUGCGUGGUUUCCCGGGAACUGAACAACUCCACCAACGGCAUCGUCAUCGAGCCCACCGAGAAGGCCAAGAUCCUUCAGGAGCGAGGCUCGCGGAUGUAAAGAGCUCAAUAACACUUUAUCAACAACAAACAAAACAAUAACAUGAACAUUAUCUCCAGUUUUCAUCACGAUCCAUGAGAUCACCCUCCUCCUUUCUGCCAUCGUCAUCAACCCCCCCCCCCUCGUCCUUCCUCCUCCUCUGGUGUCCUUCCUCCUCCUCUGGUGUGCCUCUCCACAGUGGGGGUGGGGAGGGGGGGGGGGGGGGCUAAUCUUCCUCCUCCUCCUCCUCCUCCACUGCUGCAAUGCCACCCUGAUUUGUCUUCUCCUCCAUCGCCGGCUGUGGACCACUUCAGGGGAAGUUUCAAAGGGAUUACAAGUGAGUGGUUGUCCUCCUAGCAGCUGAAGUGAUGGUCAGCGUGGCUGCGGUGCGUAUUGUAGCCUGUUGUUAUGGUGAUUGGAUGGACGCCGGGCACAGAGCUGCUACAACUCCUCGCUGUCAUCGUUAUCAUCACCACGCAUACGUUCGGCCCCUCAGGACUCUCAGAGGACAUAAAGGAAUGAACUCAACUCCACUGACUGAGCCGCUAUACCUGAGUCUGUUAGAGAAACGUCACGCUCGCUCUCUGCACUCCAGACUCUCAGUGAUGUUACGAGGCCGGGGGGGGGGGGGGGUCGCGGCGCCACAAACCGAGCCGGGAGGCGGAGCAGAGUCCGAUCGCUCUGUUUGAGCCGGCCUGGUGCAGCGUUUUCAUCCUCUCUCUUCCUCUCUUGAGUCAUUAGAAACACCUCAAACGAGAGACAACCUAACGUCUAACAGGCGUCACAACGUCCUGCUCCUCCUGUUUCCUGUCCCUUGUCCCCGGGCUAGAUUUUGGUUUGUCCUCCCCAGGGAGAAGAUUUUGGAUAUUUCCACGCAAAAAAAAGAAAACCAAUGCCUCAAAAAAGGAAAAUAUACAGUAUAUAUAUAUAUACUGUAUAUAUAUAUAUAUAUGUAGGCUACAUGAUGAAAUUAUAUGAAAUGCAAAUGAUGUAAUUACUGAUUUCUGUAUCAUAGUUGUCAUAUAUUUACAUGUUCUUGGUGGGUGAGUCUAUUUAAAUGAUGGGAGAAAAUAUCAUUUUUCGUAACCGGUUGUCCUGAAGGUUUCCUGCCCGGUAACACGGACGUGAGUACGUGGAUGCGGUGCCUCUCUGCUUUCUGUCCAGGACUGAAAUAUCACAGUGUUUUUUCAGCUGCACGUUUUCUGUAGUGUUCCUCGAACGUUUUCUCUUAUAUAUCCGACUUUAAUCUCUUGCAUAUCUUAAAAUUGUAAUUAGGGAUGCGGAAAACUGUCGUUGCCAUUUGUCCUGCGUGGCGUGGAGUGGACGGUGGCCCGUUUGUAUGCUGCCUCAAACCUCUCAAAGCACCCCUCUCUCCAUGGCCUUGUGCUAUUCUCAAUAAUCACUCACUUUGCAGCUGCCUCUGCUGCCGGUCCUCAACUUAAUGACUUUGUUGUCUUACAUUCUGCAGCACUUGUAGCAAAUGUGUGGCGCAAGCAGAGUUUUCCUCCUCACCCUUAAGGCCCUGAGAUACCCGAGCCUCCAUCGUCACUGAGAUUUACAGACUGCAAGCGAACCUGCCACACGGGUUCAGUUUCUUGAGCUGCAGAAGCAAAGCCUUUUUCAGAUGUUAGGUGGCGUUGUUUUUCUUGGCUAAAGUAUAUUUCUCUUGACAUAUACUUGACAUUUAGUUGCGGUGUGAUAGUGCUGAUUUAAACACUUGAAACAGCAUUGGAGCGCCGUGUAAAUACAUAUAAACUAGCCUGACGCUAUCCCUCUGAACCGCUGCACAUAGCUCUGAAUUCAUAUAGACACUUAACGAUUACCAUGCUAAAUAUAUAGAAGUGUGUGUGUGUUCUUAAAUUUAUUUAUAAGAGAUCUGCACUUUUGUGCAAGUGAACAGAAUUGGCUUUUACUUCAAAUGUGCAUUUACAAAACCUGUAGAGCUGCAAGUAACUUGAAGCUGAAGUCAAUUAACUGAUUAGUCGAUUAACAGAAAACGUAUCUGAUGCCACAACUUGCUUAAAUCUGUUUUGUAUCAUUAGAAAUGUAUUAUCGUUGGGGUUUUGAUCUGAUAAAACAAGCCAUUUGAAGAUGGCUGUCUGGACGCCAUGGAUAUGUGACAUGUUUUACUUUUUUAGAUUAAACUAUUAAUCGGUUGAGAAAGUCAUCCGUGAAAUAAUCGUAGGGCUUCAACUUCAUGAUGUUGUCAUCAUGAUGACUUUUUUUUUUUUUUUUAAAUAAUGAAUCGUUUACUGUAUAAAAUCAAGUUCUUUAUCUUGCACACAUCCGAAAAGCAGUCGUUGGCAAUAAAACUCAGGCUCCCUCCGACAAUGCUCAUGUAAUAUGUAUAAAAAUGAGAAUCCAAACAUAAAAUAGUGUGAGCUAAAAUAUAACACAAAAUAGACGCUAUAACAAUAAAACAGAAGGAAAUUAAAUAAGAGAAAGAAAAGUGGAGUAGGAGCUUGAGACAUGGAAGCCGUCCUUGACGCCAUCUUACCUCCACUCUCAAAAUGUCCGAAAAUUGUUGCCGGUUAUUUGGCUGCAUUUUGCCGUCGGUCGACUAACCAACUCAUUGACUACUUGUUUCACCACUUCACCCAAUGUACUGUUGUUACUGGUGCAUAUGCAGCCUUGUUAUAUGAGCAACUUAUUGCAAGGUUUGAGCCAUUUUUACACAUAUCAGAUGCAGAUAUCAGACCGAACUCCCGUUUUAAAUUACCGUCCCUAAAAGCUAAAAGCAGCGUCUCAUCUUUAAUCACUUUGAUACACCCUCCUUUGUAUAAAGAACAUAUUUGAUGCAGUUAUGUUAUAUCAAGCAUGAACAAAUGGUGUGAGAGGGGAAGAAAAUACCUGUGCUCUUGUCCCUGAUGUUCAGUCAGGCCUCCGAGCUCAAACUUUGAUGUGACCUCUUCUUUGUUGGUUUUUAGUUUUUCCUCUCGCGUGUGUGUUGUGCAGUUUUAUUCUGCUAAUCUGAGUCGUGAGCACACCGUGUGCUGCUAAAAAUGCCCAAACGUCUCAUUGAGGAGCACUUUUUUUCUCCCUUGUGUCUCUGGGCCUUUUGCAAAGCACAUUGGGUGUUGUUUCCCCUUCGUCUGUGCCCAGUGUUGUGCCUUUUGACCUGUGUUGUGCACAGUUGUUCUCCCCUCUUUUAUAACAAGGUGCCUCUCGUACCUUUAAAAAAAGCCAGGAGGCACCUCCCUGAGGUAUGAUGUGUAAUACAGUCUCUAGCUUGUUUUCUAUGGUUGGUGUUUCAAUGAGAGGCGAGCCAAACAAACCCAUUGUCCCCUGCAUUAUUUUAUGUUUUAUGAUACCGACGAACUGAAAAUGAUUACCAGCUGCUCUUUUUGCUGCUUUCGAACCUAAUUCCACCCGCAGUCCCUUAUCGCUCCUGGAGGUUCAAGAUUGUGUCCCAAUCUGCUGUAAGCACUGCUGGUGGUGUUGCAUUGUCUUUCACCAAACUGGGAGGGAAGCAGGCAGCAAUAGACAGCAGGAAGACCAGUCAGAGCAGAUUUCCCCUCUUCUGCUUUUAUCUUCACUGAACUUCAAUUUGACUAUUGACUCGCCUUCAGUUGGCGUCUUCGUUUUCCUUGAGUUGCAUGCUGAAGCCAUCUCUAAUGAUCCCGUUAUUAGAUGUAUGUAAUCAACCUUUUAAAGCACUUACUGUACCUGUCACCUUUGUGGACCCACUUGCUGUAUAUCUUCCCAUGGUUGCGUAGCUCAGUGGUUCCCAAACUGAGUGUGUGUCCGGACCGAAGGAUAGAUCACUCUUGGUUUAAAAGAUAGAAAAGCAACAACAACCUAUUUCUAAUUAUUUUUUCUCAGUCUUUGAUUAUUGUGUUUUAUUAGCCAUGCUAGCAACAGCGUGCCUCUAUCAUCCAAAUUGAAAUAUCUCAGCAACUAUUGUGAUUAAAUGUUGUGCAGACAUUCACGGUCCCCACAGGACGAAUCCUGCUGACGUCGAUGAUUCUCUGACUUUUCAUCUAGCGCCACCAUGAGGUCAACAUUUCAAUGUGUGCAAUAACCAUUUCAACGUGUGCAAUACUUUGGUUCAUGAUUAAAAUACCUCCAAAACGGUUAACAUUAGCCAUCAGCCUCAGCUGUUCUUUGUGCUAAAGUAAGGUUGUUAGCAAGGUAAACAUUUGCUGCAUUCACGUGCUCCUCGGAUCGUCCCGUUUCCCGAGUUGGGAAGUCGUUCUUCUGACUUCGGAGUGUUCGUGAGCUUUAAGUCGUAAUGUGGAAUCAACAUGGCCUCUACACAGAAGAUGUGUGGUAUUUUAUUGCUCAGAGCGUUAAAACAACACGUCGAUGGCUGUUUCCAGACCUUUCUGCGUUUGAGCUUCAUCUACUUAAAGCAUGGGUCCCCCUUCUGUUUUUAUAGAUUCACAUUAUAAGCUGAAACAGUUUGAAGCUCUAUACUUUGUCCCAGACGUGUUGCAGCACCGGUACACUCCCUAAAACCACUAAAAGGUUGUAGCUUAACCCGACUUGCUAUCAGGUCAAUGUUCAUAAAUCACUUUUCUAACUAAUCUAAGUCACUCAACGUGCAACUAAUGGUUACUAAUGGUCUAACUAAUGGGCAGAAACCAAUUUUUCCGAUUAUUCCGACACCACAUGAAUGCAGCAAUUACACCUGCCAAACAUCAGCCUGCUUAGCUACUGAGCUCAGAGCAACGGCUGCUAGCAUGGUUGUAGACUUAUGACCAUAUUUCUUGUUAAUCACCAUAUUUUUUUUUUUUUUUACUUCUAGAUGAAUUGUGUAAAUAAAGGAACUGAACUAUUACUACGUAUAUUAAAGGAUCACAAAGAGGUUGGGAACCACUUACCUUUGCAGUGUGAUUAUCUGAACAUUUUGAAUCAAAUACCCAUUUUUUUUUAAACAAAAAAAUAACUUUUGACCAUUAGUUUUUACUUUCACAGGCUCUAGUUAGUCUACAGAUUAUGUGCAAUCUUAACAAAUCUGCA